AUGCCAGAAAAGAAGACUGCUUCAAAGAAGAAGCCUAUCAGUCAGGCACCACCCAUGGUAACGCCGCCAGCGCCCGCAUCCGCAUCCGCAUCAAAACCAGCAGCAGCAUCAUCGCCACCACCACCAGUAUUGGAAGAGAGCCUGGCAAAGCUCAUCACUCUCACCACGUCAUUGCCGGACUUGCCAUUAGGCCUCAUUUGGGUGCACGCCUUUAGGGAAGGGUCGAGGGAUGGAUUUCGAAGGGGAACAGAGCUUUUCAAGGACAAGGAUGUGAAGCAGGCAUUUCGUGAUGGUGGAGAUGAAGGACUUCCCGAGGGACACACCUGCACUGCCAACAAGCUCGACGCUAUGGUUCAGGUUGAUUCUGUUGAGGCUCGCCCACCUUCUGUUGACGCUGCUAUUCAGGUUUCCCCCUCACAUCACACUUCCUCAUCCCAGACCACUCUGCCUCUUCUUGUCAAUGCUGAAGCUCAAGCCCAGCUUAUGGAUUUGCCCCCUGCUGCCACCACUGCUCCUACCUUGGAUCCCCCAGCCCUUGAUUGGUCUGACGCCACCUCCAUACCUAUUGUCCCCAUAUUCCCUAAAAACCAACCUCACCAUGACCUUUCUGCCCUCUGCACCACCAACCCCAACCCCUUCAGCUCGUUAGCCCAUCGGAAUCGCUGUUCUCGAUUGCCAUUGGGAAAGUGUGACAUUUCUGGGCCCCGGCCACCAUUCCAACCACGUCGAACCCCACCAGUCUUCCCUGUCUUUCAAACUGUUCCUCAUCAACACUUCAUUCCGGUCUUGAACCUCACUGCACUGCCAUUGCCAUCAACCCCAUUGAAGAUUCCUAUGGCUCUUGAUUGGGAAUCUGAUCCACACCUCUCAGAUUUGAGUCAAGCUUUGAAGGCACUUGGUUGGAUUCAUCGGUGA